AUGACGGAUCAAGACACAGAUCUGACCGCUAAGGUUGUUAGCGUCACUGAUACUGAUCUCUCCACAUCCGCAUACUUGCCUAUGAAGCCAAGUCAACUGUCGCCUUCCCCUGUCCGUCAAGGUCUCCUCAAUGGCCCUCGCAUCACCAUUCACGUGGGCGAUACAUCCGUUACCAAUAUCGCCAAGCGCGCUGCGAUGGCUGCUUCUUCUGUCCUCCACAAACACUUCAUCACCAACCCUGAGUCAUUUGAAUAUCGUUUCUCGCGUGGUCAGAUUCACCCUGGUGCCGUCAGUUUCCUGCUCAUCGGCUGGAUGCAAGAGACGUGCAAAGAGUUCGAGGCCUAUGCCGUCCCAGCUCAGAAAACCUUUGGCGAAGACGUUGCUAUCUUGCGCGCCGCUCGCUUGUUAGGCAUGGAGCAAUACUGCCGUCAUAUACUCAUCAGCUAUGUGGACUAUCUCAAGACACAGCUCCCCAGCUACGAGGAGAUCAUUGCUGUCGAACAGAACGCCACCUCUGAUAAAGACCCACUCUGGACUGCCAUGGUCAAUCACCUCUGCCACGAUCGCUUCAAAGGACUCAUACCCGAUGCUGAAGAUUUCGAGGCGUUUCUAGAGAAGCAUAACCGUCUGAAGAAGGCUAUGGAGUCCGCUGAUAACUUCUUCGCUAGAUACGCGAAGAAGCAGGCUGAGGGCCGGGAGAAAGAGCGCCGCCAGCGUUAG